AAGCUUAAUUAGUUGCAAAAGACAAGGUUUAGUUAGAUGUUUAAUUUCGCGUUUUAUCGACGUCGUUUUGCUGCUCAUUCGCUCCUAUUUGCUCUUUUAAAUAUUUAGAUUUUCUCUACUGUAUCCGAGGAGAUACAAGCAAAAUAUCUUUAUGUUUCUUAGUACUUAUAUCUCAAUAAGACAAGCUGUUUCGUUGAAUCAGUUUUCUACAGUUUGUCAUUGUGACGAAGAACAUGUGUAGAAAAAAUACCGCAGACACCGGAAAUAAUAGAAAACGAGACUCCUUUUGUUUAUUUUUUGAUUAAAAAUUUCACGAUAGUUUCAUAAAGCGUAACAGUUGUUAAACUCUUGACUCUUGUCAGCCAAAAAGAUCAAAAAUAGUUGUAAAUGUGCCGUAUUAAGUUGUAAAGUAUGUCUCCAAGAAGUUGUGUGUUGCAAACAGAACCAAAGAAUUGAAUAGUGCGUCGAAUCUAUUAGGUUUAGGAACUUCUAGCUUGUAGACACUUUAUAACCUGUGGCAGAUUGGUGUGGAAGAGGUUUCUACGCUUAAAAAAAGUGUAAGACGCGCAAACUCGACAAAUUUUUUCAGACAGAUUCUAGAUUUUUAAUUUCCUAUUUAUCUGUGACGUCACACGUACGAAUAUGACAGAACAAUGUGGAAACAAAGGAUUCGAAUUAAAGAACGAUGAAACUUCCGGAAUAACAACAAUUACAUUAUCAUCGGCGCCUGCUAACACCUUGUCCCUCGAACUGUUGACAAAUUUGAUCGAGAAGUUGAGAGAUAUCGAAAAAGAUGAUUCCGUGAAAGGCGUCUUGGUUACCUCGAAAUACAAUGGCGAGACUUUCAUCUCAGGUCUUAAUUCUUAUGAUAUGCACAACCAAACCGAUGAACGACUCGCGAAAUACUGGACUGCUGUACAAGACAUCCAUUUCACAAUGUACAGCUUUGGGAAGCCGAUCGUAGCUGCUAUAAACGGAGACGCUGUAGCUGGUGGGUGUGCUUUCGUUUUGACUUGCGACUACAGAGUCAUGAUGAAAGGCAAAAGAACUGGAUUGCCAGAAGCUCAAUUCGGGAUCGUGGCCCCGUUUUUCUACAUUGACGUCAUGAAAUCGGUGAUCGGGAACCGCCAAUGCGAACUUGCUCUCUUGGAAGGAAAGAUCUUUUCAACUGAAGAAGCUGCUAAAGUUGGUCUUGUAGACGAAGCUGUGGAUCUCAACCUUGUCCUCCCAAACGCAAUGAAGAAAUUGCAGCAUUUAGUUAAAAUCCCACAACCUGCGUUUAAACUGACCAAACAAACGUUAAGACAAGCUGACAUUGAAAAGUUUAUCGCUAACAGAGACCAGAACCUUAAAGUUACUGUCGGUUUAAUCCAACAACCGUUUGCCCAGGUUGCGUUUGGAAAUAUUAUUAAACAAUUGGAGGCGCAGCGUCAAUCAAAGUGAAACAGUAACAUAAAAUUAAAUGGACAAUACGUUUAUAGGUAGCUACUAUUAUAUCGGAACAAUUGUGAUAUACUAGAGUGGGGAAGAUGGGAAGCCUUUUUGUUCUAUUUUCUGGUCCCAUUUGGUGGUAAACAAAGAACAUUAAAGAGUUAUAACACCGUAACCUCAAGUCUUAAAAAGACUGUUGUUAA